CAUUGGGUUUGUUUCCCGUUCUUCCAAUCGGGAUUCCGACUCUCUUCUCUUUCCUCUCCCACUGAGUCUUGGAGUACCCGAAGAAGAAGAGGAAGAAGAAGAAUAAUAAGAAGAAAUGUUUAAGUUCCUUAAGGGAGUGGUCGGUGGAUCUGGUGCCGGUCCCAAAGAUCUGCCCUACACCAUCGGCGAACCUUAUUCUUCUGCUUGGGGCUCUUGGACUCACUCUCGCGGCACCUCCAAGGAUGAUGGCUCACCAGUAUCUAUCUUUUCCCUUUCUGGAAGUAAUGCCCAAGAUGGGCAUCUAGCAGCUGGUCGCAAUGGUGUGAAGCGCCUUCGAACUGUCAGGCAUCCAAAUAUAUUAUCGUUUCUUCACAGUACUGAGACUGAAACUUUUGAUGGCUCCACCACAAAGGUUACCAUCUACAUUGUCACAGAGCCUGUUAUGCCUCUAUCAGAGAAGAUCAAGGAACUGGGUUUAGAAGGCACACAGAGGGAUGAGUAUUUUGCAUGGGGACUACACCAGAUAGCUAAAGCUGUGAGCUUCUUAAAUAAUGAUUGCAAACUUGUUCAUGCUAAUGUUUGCUUAGCUAGUGUUGUUGUUACACCAACUUUAGACUGGAAGCUACAUGCUUUUGAUGUUCUGUCUGAGAUUGAUAAUAACACUGAAGCUUCUGGUGGAUCAAUGCUGCAAUAUGCUUGGCUUAUUGGAUCACAAUACAAACCAGUGGAGUUGUCGAAGUCUGACUGGGCUGCAAUUAGAAAAUCUCCACCGUGGGCCAUUGAUUCUUGGGGUUUGGGCUGUCUAAUAUAUGAGCUCUUCUCUGGCUUGAAGUUGAGCAAAACAGAGGAAUUGCGCAAUACUGCAUCCAUUCCUAAGUCUCUGCUUCCAGAUUAUCAGCGACUCUUGAGUUCCUUGCCUUCUCGCAGGCUGAAUACAUCAAAGCUUUUAGAAAACAGUGAAUAUUUCCAAAAUAAAUUGGUGGAUACCAUACAUUUCAUGGAAAUCUUAAAUUUGAAAGAUAGCGUUGAGAAAGAUACAUUCUUCCGCAAGCUUCCAAAUUUGGCAGAGCAGCUUCCUCGACCAAUUGUUCUUAAAAAGCUGCUUCCUUUAUUAGCUUCUGCCCUUGAAUUUGGUUCAGCUGCUGCUCCCGCUCUGACUGCAUUGUUAAAAAUGGGUUCGUGGCUUUCAACAGAAGAGUUCAGUGCUAAGGUGCUGCCUACAAUUGUGAAACUCUUUGCCUCCAAUGAUCGAGCUAUUAGAGUUGGUCUCCUGCAACAUAUAGAUCAAUUUGGAGAAUCCUUAUCGGCACACGUGGUUGAUGAGCAAGUUUACCCUCAUGUAGCAACUGGGUUCUCUGAUACCUCUGCUUUUCUCCGAGAAUUGACACUUAAAUCCAUGCUUGUUCUAGCUCCCAAGCUCUCUCAACGUACCAUUUCAGGGUCAUUCUUGAAGUAUCUUUCUAAGUUACAGGUUGAUGAAGAGCCAGCAAUCAGAACAAACACUACUAUAUUGCUGGGGAAUAUAGCAAGCCACUUGAAUGAUGGGACAAGGAAAAGAGUUUUGAUUAAUGCAUUUACUGUUCGUGCAUUGCGUGAUACAUUUCCCCCUGCCAGAGGAGCAGGCAUCAUGGCGUUAUGUGCUACCAGUUCUUAUUAUGACAUCAAUGAGGUUGCAACCCGGAUUCUCCCGAAUGUUGUUGUCCUUACUAUUGAUCCUGACAGUGAUGUUCGAUCAAAAGCAUUUCAAGCAGUUGAUCAAUUUAUGCAAAUAGUGAAACAAUACAAUGAGAAGAUAAACUCAGGAGAUACCAGUGGGGCUGCAAGUGUUGGACUCUCAUCAAUUCCAGGAAAUGCUAGUUUAUUGGGAUGGGCUAUGAGUUCGUUGACUCUCAAGGGUAAACCCUCUGAUCAAACUUCACAUGCUCCUGCGAACACUAGCACUGCCCCUCUAUCUUCUUCAACUUCCAAUGCAAGCUCAGUUGUAGUUGUAGAUAAUCCAAGUACCGCUCUUGCUCAUGUAAGUUCCAGUACGGAUUUGGCUGAGCAACCUCUACCUGAGUCACCCACAUCAACUGAUGGCUGGGGAGAAAUUGAAAAUGGUAUUAGUGAAGAGCAUGAAAGCGACAAGGAUGGUUGGGACGAUAUUGAACCCCUUGAAGAACCAAAACCGGCUCCAGCACUUGCAAGCAUUCAAGCGGCUCAAAAGCGGCCUGUUGUACCCACUUCUCAGCCAAAACAAGCAGCUACAAGUUUACGACCUAAAAAUACAGCAACAGCUAAAAGUGAAGACGACGAUUUGUGGGGUUCCAUUGCUGCUCCUGCUCCAAGAACAGCAUCAAAAUCUUUGAACUUGAAAGCAAGUGCAAUAGUUGAUGACGACGAUCCUUGGGCUGCUAUCGCCGCUCCUGCACCCACUACUAAGGCAAAGCCUUUAUCACUUGGUAGAGGUCGGGGAGCUAAACCGGCUGCUCCAAAAUUGGGUGCCCAAAGGAUAAACCGGACAUCAUCUGGAAUGUGAAUUACAUACAAAGGAACAACAAGAUGACAGUUAAAGGAAGCUUCAAACUGUAGAUUUUUUGCCCCCUUUUGGUGGCUGGCUUGGUAGUCAUCUUAAAGAUGAGAGUAAUAUGCUAUGUCACCACACCAGGAAAUGUAUUGGUUGCAUUUUUCUUCAACAUAUAAUUUGAUUUGUAAUAAUAUUCUUUGGUUUCUUUUAGAUUGUCGUCUUUUACAUAAAAAAAAAAAAUGAAAAAGGAAAAGGACAGUUAAUUGUUAUCUCUGCUUUCUGAUGUAAGUUUGACUCAUUUGUUGUAGACAGCAGUGACUGUGUGAUGGGCUAUAAACAUUUUGGGAUGUAAUAUCAAUAUUUUGUAGUAUAAAAGCUAUUUAAGUUUUUCUAUUUGAA